AUGAAGGAAAGAUCACGCUGCAGAGAUGGCAGGCUUAAUCCAGAGCAGUCUACCAGUCUUCGACGGGAAAACUUUGAAGAUUGGUGCAUCAAGAUUGAUGCAAUCCUCGGGUUCCAGGAGAUUGAUGAAAUUGUCAAGGUUGGGUUCAAAGAACCUGCAAAGAAUGAUACAGAAGAAACCAAGAAGGCGUAUAAAGAGAAUAAGAAAUUGGAUUGUAAGGCACGCAUGAUUUUACAUCAAUGCAUCNCGGCAACGAUAUUCNAGAAAGUAUCUAAGGNUACUANGNCUAAAGAGACAUGGGAAAUUUUACAAGAUGGGUAUGGAUNUGCGGGAAACAUGAAGGAGAUCAGACUUCAAUCACUGCGGCGUCAGUAUGAACUGCUGAAGAUGGAAGAACAAGAAACUGUUGAAGGGUACAUAGGCAGAAUCCAGAUGGUUGUUAACGCAAUGCGUGCGUGCGACAAGGUUGUCAAGGACAAGAAGAUUGUCCACAAAAUUCUAAGAACUCUAACGCCUCAAUACGAUCACAUUGUCGUCGCCAUUAUGGAAAGUAGAGAUUUGGAAAAAUUAAAGGUUGAAGAGUUACAAAACUCUCUUGAAAUCCACGAUCAGCGACUGCUAGAGAGAAAGACUGCAGAACAAGAUGCAUUACAGAACACCAAUCAGGCGUUGCAAGCCAAGAUUCAAAGGGGUCGUGGAACCGACAGAGGAAGAGGCAGACGAGAUGGUCGUGGAGGCCGAAAUGGAGGAAGAUUCAUCAACAAUGUCGAACAAACCAAAAAUGAAAUGAGUAGUGAUCAAAAGGAAGGAAAUCACAGAGGCAGAGGGAAACCCGGAGGAAGAGGAGGAAGAAAGAGUGUUGACAGAAGAAAUGUGCAGUUUUAUACGUGCAGCAAGUUUGGUCAUUACUCCUCUGAAUGCUGGCAUAACGAGAGUAACAAGAAAGAAGAUAACAACGAAGUCAAUCUUGUAAAAGAUGAGAUGGAAUCAGAUUCAGACCACGUGAUAUUAAUGACAGUCGCAACGCAUGGAGAAUUUGGAAAGAACCAGAGAAUGACACAUGAUGAUUACGAGCAACAUGCUUGCCAGAAAAUGGACAGGUGUGGAGAAGAAAUGAAAUGCGCAGAAUACGUGUCAGUUGCUGAGAAAGAAAGUCAUGCAGACACAAGUUUUAAGAGUACAAUCUGA